AUGAAUGUAAUAGGAGAUUUAUUUACGAGAUUGUGGUGGGGCGGGGACCCGGAUGAGAAGAACCCUGUAUCGGGGAUGUCCCGCCGUGACGUUAACAACGUGAAGAAAUCUUGGGCGAAGAUCUACGCAGACCCUUCAAGGAGUGGCUUUCUCAUAUUCUCUAGACUCUUUGAGGCAGACUCUGAAAGUAAGACCUUCUUCCCAUAUAUUGCGAACGCGUCUGAAGAAGAGAUGGCACAAAACAUGGUGUUCAGAGGUCACAUCGUGUACAUAAUGGCUGCGUUGAACACCGCCGUGGAGAACGUGACGCAGCCGGAGGUGGUGGUGCCCAUCAUGCACAAGCUGGGACAAGCGCACCAAAAGAGGAAUAUACCAAGGAAACAUUUUCUGGUGAUGCGCGAUGUGCUGGUGAACAUUCUCCAGAGCGACCUGCAGGUUGGCGAGGACGUAGUGGCCUCGUGGGUGGUCUUCGUAUCCUUCAUGUACGAACACAUCUUCACCGUUAUCAAGGACUAGACGAGGACUUCACGUAAUCGGAAACAAUAA